AUGACGACGGCGAGGGGUUUGGUAGCGUUGCCGUGCGCUGUGUGAUCCGCGCGCUGCGUGUAUGGAGGAAGCAGCUGCUGAUCUGAUCUCUGACAUUGUGUGAGACAGACAACUGAAUAAACUGCGCACAGACGUGUCUUUAAACACACCGCACCGAGGCACGCCGUGCAUGAUUACCUCUUUGGUUUAAUGGGUCCAAUCAUUGGGAUGUCACCAGAUAAGAAAACGGAAAUUCCGGGUAUGCAAGAAGAGCGGACAGGGCUCAGAGGUGUUUGUGGUGUGGGGACACUGCCUGAGGCUGAGUGUGCAUCCAGUCCGCUUGCGACCAGUGUGGAUCGGACCGGGGGCAAUGAGGAUGAGGAGCUCACCAACCUCAACUGGCUGCACGAGAACCUGCUUCAGAACUUCACUCUGGGAGGUCCAGAAGCUCAGCCCAGUGGCAGCCCCCUCUUUGACAUAGAGGGAGACCUCGGCCCCAACCAGGGCCCAUCGUCCUCCUCCUCAACUUCAUCACAUGGCAGAGGCAGGGAACGGGACUCGUUGAAGUCGAAGCCUCCUUUCUCGUUUUCCCUCCUCAUCUACAUGGCCAUUGAGCAGUCUCCCAGCAAAUCUUUGCCUGUUAAAGAAAUCUACGGCUGGAUUCUCGAGCACUUCCCUUAUUUCUCCAACGCUCCCACUGGCUGGAAGAACUCCGUUCGUCACAACUUGUCCCUGAACAAAUGCUUCCUCAAGGUCGAAAGGAGUUUGGGAAAGGCCAAUGGAAAAGGUUCUCUCUGGUGUGUUGACCCCGAGUAUCGCCCCAACCUGAUCCAAGCCCUUAAGAAGCAGCACUUCCCUGCCGCACAUGCCUUCUGCACACCACCCGCCUCCCCACCCAGUGCCUCCUCACCCCCCCGCCAUCUCUUUCUACAAGGCUGCUCGUUUAAAGAGUCUGACAUUGAUGCUGCCACUGCCAUGAUGCUCUUAAACUCUGCCCCCGGGCACCACGUUGACCCAUGCAAUUCUGACGGCCCAUUGGACCUCUCCCGGCCCGAUUCUGUCCUGGUGAGCAGCGAUCCAAAGCAGGACCACAACUACAGCAGCGUCGCCCUGCAGCGCUGCUCCUCCCGCUCCUCCUCCUCGUCUCUCUCCUCCCUGGAUGAAGGGGGCUGCGACGGCAGGCAGUCCCGCCGUGCCGGCAGCGAGGGCUUCCACAGCGACGAGGACUCCGACCUCUGGGACGAGAGGGGCGUCCACCAGACUUCUCGCCGCCCACCCGCCAUCAAGUGGCCCGUCGGCAAGAGGCCGCGACGCGAGGUCAAGCCAGAGCUGGAUGAGGAGCUGAAGGAAGCCGCCGGUUCUUUGCUUCACCUCGCCGGUAUACGCAGCUGCAUGGAGGGCUCCAAACGCACUGUAAAGAGCACAAAACUUAACAGGAAAUAAAGAUUUCUUCUUUUUUUUUUUGGCCACCAUCAGACUCCAGACCCUGUGAACCCUAACCUCUGACCCCUGAUCGUGCAUCCCAGUGUGCCUCCUUCUCCUAAUCUGAUCGUUCAUUGGCCAUUUCGAGCCUUUCCUUUUUGUUCAGGAGUAUCCAUGUCCAACAAAACAAAUGGCAAUAGUAUCGUUCACACAGGAGAACAAAGCCAUAUAGAGACUUUUGUAACUUCGGGGGUAUCUUCUGGGGAUGGGUGCUUGGGCUAUGGAGAACCAUCAUGAAACCUAUCCAAAACGACCCGCCUGCUUCUGUUGGAUUAGAAGAUUGUGAUUCAAGAAUUUUUCCUCUGAGAGACAAAAUGGGAAAAAAAGCUGAAGGUUUUAUAACUCAAAGCGUUGCAUGCUUCCUCCUCAAACCUGUAUCCUCUUCCAAGUGAAUCUAUUUAUGAAGCGAAUGAGUGCAUGUUUGUAACAGACAAAAUCUAACCUCCUGGUGUUAUAUCAGUUUCUCCUUUUUGUGCUAAAGGAAAAAAAAAUCGCCACUGUUUUGAAAGGAACCCUUGCUCUACGAAUUCUCUUGUAAGAGAGACGCAAUAAUUAAUCCACAACCUUAACUUUUUUCACAUCAUUUCGCGGCGGCUUUUAUCCGAGGCAAGUGUGCUAGUUAAACUUUACAAUUAAGAGAACGAAAGGAGUAGUACUCAGAUCUUGUUACGGGGUAAACUUUAUUACACACGAGCUCUGGCUGUGUUUCAGGAUUAGCAAGAUGUGGAAAUGGUAUUACUCUGCCACUGCCAAAAUUUAGUUGCAAAGUUAGCUAUACUACUUAGCUCAGUUUUGUGCGACCAUUGCCGUGCGACACAAGUGAAACCUGUCUUCAUUUUAUUUGCCAAUCCACUGGUGGCCCUGUCGACCCCUCUUUCAUUCAUCAGUGUGUUUUUGACAUUUCCUGUGCAGACACGGAGCAUAUAUUCACAUGUUUGACGACAGCCUAUGCAAAGUUUACAUCUGCUGCGUAUUGCCAGAUGUUCACUGUGUGUUCAUAGGUUAUCCACCGUAGGUUUUAUUUUAUUUUCGUGUGUGCGUGUGUGUGUAUAUCAUAGUGCAUGUCGACUUCAGCCUAAACCUGAGAAGAGUUUGAGAUGGUCGAGCACUUUGUUUCUACUGACAAAGUAGUCAUACUGCUCCAUUGAAUGUGGUUGGUGUAAAGACAGAUCUCCUUGCUUAAGCUGUGUUGUAGGGCUGCUUGCUUCUGGUCCAUUUUGAAUGCAAAGCUGGUUUAUAGUCAGAGAAACAGGAGUGGUGGGAACUUCUUGCUCCAUUAUUUGAGUUUGCAGUUUGAUUAUACCUCCACGUGUUCUCCUUGUGUUUUCAACCAUGUACUUCGGAAAAUGAUACAGCUAAUUCCCUGUCAGCUGAUCCAGCAGCCAAGUUAAGUCACAACUCGGGCGUGUGUUUUGGUUCUGAAAUGAAUAGUGCAGACCACGUUCAAUCAAAGAAUGAGACGGGGACAAAGCAGCUGUGGCUGGACAGAACUGGACUCGUAGGCGAGAUGUUGAAGACCUGUGCCGCGCUCAUGUUGUGCCCUCAGUUCUCGCCUGCCACCAGUGUUGCGUCCUUGCUCUUCCUCUGAGAACAAAAUAAGGAAGUGUGCACACUCUUCUCGCAAUGAGAAACGGAGUGUUUAUUGUCAGUUGAUUGCAUGAAGUUCACGGAGAGGAAGUUGUGUAAAAUGCCACAAUUCUCAUUUGAGCUUUUGAAAAAGCAGCGUACAAUACAAGGUAGCAUGGAAGCACACAAGGGCAACACUUUUUUUUUUUUUUAUUACCCACAGUACUGGAUCACAUUGUGUCACAGUGACUGUUAGUAUAGCAUGCAUGGUCAGUGCCAAACAUUUUCUUGUGCCACUGAUGUAAAACUGCGAAGGGCCAUGGUCACCAUAUCCCCCUGCUGCCACAGUGUCGUUGUGAUUUAGAGCAACAAUGCCCUACUUUUUCUGAAUCCUCCGAACAGGAAAUGGGAGAGGACUCUAGUCGUUGCAGUGACUUAACCAAUCUCUUGGUUUAUUUUCGUCGCUUUAGAGUUUGAAACAGCAGAGUAAGCUGCAGUUCUCUGAAGUAAUACUUGCAUACACUGGUUUUGUUUAGCUGUGAAAAAAAGAACAAAUUGUUGUUCAUUAAUCAUCACCUUAUUUAUGACAUUAAUUUAUGGGAUUAUUGAAUGCUAUCAGAUACAGGUCAUUUGAAACAAAUGACUAAGCACAUUUAUUUUUUUUUCUCCCUCUGUGAACAUCUCUUAAUAAGUAUUUUAUUUUUCUCCUUGUCUUAUUUUACAGCAAUACACCUUUUUUUUCUUUCACUAUGUUAUAGUGAUGAAGUAUUUUGCCAAUGUCUAUUGUCUUUAGAGCGGGUGUUUUAUUUUAUUUUUCCCAAUUUAACCAUGACUGCCAGGUUUUCUUGAUGUUUUGUUUUGCUUUGUGUUAGAACUGGAUAGACAACAGUUAAUUAACAUUGAUCCUGAAACCUUUUGUUGCCAAAAUUGAUGUACAGCUGGGGAGAAAAAUGUAACAUGAACACAUUCCCCAUGUACUGUAGAAGUUCUUUGAAGAUGAUUGAAUCAUUUUUACAUUUGCCUCAUGUUUAUGUUUUAGAUGUUAUGACUAAGGUAGUCACAAAAUUGAAGAUUAGCUCUCAACCUCUUCACAGUUUAGAAUCUAAAAAGAAAAAAAGAAGAAUACUGCCACUCAUAACUCAUGCUUCGAGGUAUUGUUAUGGGAUGUUGAACUAACUAACUCAGCCCCCUCCCCCCAGGCUGCUGCUGUGUAGUUUACUACAUUUAAGUACACGGACAAAUGCGGAAAAAUUAUGGAGAGACUUGUAGAGGAAAAUCUCACUCAUUCUUUCUGUAGCACUUGCAAAAGAAAUGUUAUGUUUGGUCUCAAAGCGUCACUGAGUCGAGAUGAUCUGCCGUCAAGUUACCUAAAUGUUUUGGGGUCUGACUUGACAAACCCCAAACCCGGUCGCAUCAUCGCUCAACACUGAAUAUUGAUUAUGUGAUUCUCAAAAUUCUGUUGCAGUUCCCAUGGGUAUGAUGAACAUUAUGUUGCAUUUGACAAAGCUGCCAACCCAGUAUCAGUUUGUGUCAGUUGUCUGCCAUGUCUCUUGGACCGACACACCUUUUGGUUUUUGUAUGCUAACCUCUGUUGAUAAAAUGUUUAUAAGAUUUAUUUUCGCCAAAGAUAUGCAAUUGCAUUAUAUAUGGUAUUACAAAAUAUUAAUAAAAACCUGUUCUUGUUACCGUU